UCCAUGGAGUUUUCAUGGCAAGGAUACUGGAGUGGGUAGCCUGGCGUGCUGUGGUCCAUGGGGUCGCGAAGAGUCGGGAACAACUUCGUGACUGUACAACAAUGGUGGCAGUAUUGAUCCAAAGAAUGUCUUCCAAGCAGGCCACCUCUCCAUUUGCAGCUGAUGGAGAGGAAGCAACGACCCAGGACUUAGCAUCCCAGGAGCAGGAAGGCGGCAACAAUGAAGAGCUUGUGGCUUCCCAUCUGCCUCUGCACACCAUAUUGCACAACAAACCUCAUUCUGAGGAGCUACCAACUCUAGUUACUACAGGCCAACAAGACGCUGACUGGAAUAGUGUUAUCUCAACUCAGCAUCGAAUGGAGUCAGAAAGUAAUAAAUUAUGUUCCUUGUAUUCCUUCCGAAAUACUUCUACCUCACCACAUAAGCCCGAAGAAGGAGGUCGUGAUCGCAGCGAAUUAAUGACCAGUGUUAAUUUUGGAACUCCAGAACGCCGCAAAGGAAGCCUUGCCGAUGUGGUGGACACACUGAAACAGAAGAAAUUAGAGGAGAUGACCAGAACUGAGCAGGAAGAUUCAUCUUGCAUGGAAAAAUUGCUUUCUAAAGACUGGAAGGAGAAAAUGGAAAGAUUAAACACAAGUGAACUCCUUGGAGAAAUUAAAGGUACUCCUGAAAGCCUAGCAGAAAAAGAGCGACAGCUCUCUACUAUGAUCACCCAGCUCAUCAGUUUACGGGAGCAGCUUCUGGCUGCCCAUGAUGAACAAAAAAAGCUGGCAGCGUCACAAAUUGAAAAACAACGGCAGCAAAUGGACCUUGCUCGCCAACAGCAAGAGCAGAUUGCAAGACAACAACAGCAACUUCUGCAACAGCAGCACAAAAUCAAUCUACUGCAGCAGCAAAUUCAGGUUCAGGGUCACAUGCCUCCGCUCAUGAUCCCAAUUUUUCCACACGACCAGCGGACACUGGCAGCAGCUGCUGCAGCCCAGCAGGGAUUCCUUUUCCCCCCAGGAAUAACUUACAAGCCAGAAAGAGGUGGGAUCAGCUCUGAACGGUAUGCGUUUGAAUGUAAGCUGCAUAUUAAAUGUAAGCUAAAUUUCUUAAAAAGAAAACUUACUCUCAUUUUGCAGCAACUCUAUGCCGCUCAGUUGGCCAGCAUGCAGGUUUCGCCUGGAGCAAAGAUGCCCUCCACCCCUCAGCCACCAAACACAACAGGGACGCUCUCACCUACUGGGAUGAAAAAUGAAAAAAGAGGGACCAGUCCUAUAACUCAAGUUAAGGAUGAUGCUGCGCAGCCACUGAAUCUCUCAGCCAGACCCAAGACAGCGGAACCUGUCAAAUCCCCAUCAUCACCAACACAGAGCCUCUUCCCUACUAGUAAAACCAGCCCAGUGAAUGUGGUCAAUAAAAGUGGAAUCCCCAGCCCUAUUGGUACAGCUCUGGGAAGAGGAUCUUCUCUAGACAUCCUUUCCAGUCUUAAUUCACCUGCCCUGUUUGGGGACCAGGACACAGUAAUGAAAGCCAUUCAGGAAGCUCGAAAGAUGAGAGAACAGAUCCAGAGAGAGCAGCAGCAACAGCCUCAUGGCAUUGAUGGAAAGCUUCCCUCCAUGAAUAAUAUGGGUCUAAACAACUGCAGGGCUGAAAAGGAAAGAACACGCUUUGAGAAUUUAGGCCCGCAGCUAUCAGGGAAGCCCAAUGAGGAUGGAAAACUAGGCCCAGGAGUCAUUGAUCUUACAAGGCCAGAAGAUGCAGAGGGAAGUAAAGCAAUGAAUGGCUCUGCAGCUAAACUACAGCAGUAUUAUUGUUGGCCAACAGGAGGCGCCACUGUGGCUGAAGCACGAGUCUACAGGGAUGCCAGGGGCCGAAGUAGCAGUGAGCCACAUAUCAAACGACCAAUGAACGCUUUUAUGGUUUGGGCAAAAGAUGAACGCAGAAAAAUUCUUCAAGCAUUUCCUGACAUGCACAACUCCAAUAUUAGUAAAAUUCUUGGCUCCCGCUGGAAAUCUAUGUCAAAUCAAGAAAAACAACCUUACUACGAAGAGCAAGCACGGCUAAGUAAAAUACACCUAGAGAAGUACCCCAAUUACAAAUAUAAGCCUCGACCAAAACGUACCUGCAUUGUUGAUGGCAAGAAACUGCGUAUUGGAGAAUACAAACAGCUCAUGAGAUCUCGAAGGCAGGAGAUGAGGCAAUUUUUCACAGUAGGGCAACAGCCUCAGAUUCCAAUCACCACAGGAACGGGCGUGGUCUAUCCGGGUGCUAUUACGAUGGCAACUACUACACCAUCUCCGCAGAUGACAUCUGAUUGCUCCAGCACCUCUGCUAGCCCUGAGCCCAGCAUCCCUGUCAUUCAGAGCACUUAUGGCAUGAAGACGGACAGCGGGAGCCUUGCUGGAAAUGACAUGAUAAAUGGGGAGGAUGAGAUGGAAAUGUAUGAGGACUUUGAAGAUGACCCCAAAUCAGACUAUAGCAGUGAGAAUGAAGCCCAUGAGGCUGUCACUGCCAACUGAGGAUAUUUGCUGAAUUAAAAGUACUCUGACUUUUUUGUUUUUGUUUUGUUUUGAACAAAAAGUUCUUAAAUGAGCCUGCAUGCAUGUGUGGCUCCUACAGUUACAUCUGCAGAAUGGUCUUAAAUGUUUCUUAAUGUGUGACACAGAUUGUUCCCUAAUUUUCAUGAACAUUUUUUUUAAUUUAGGUGAAGACAUUAAGUAUCAGACAUUGGGACUUGAAAACUUAUAUGAAUCAAUAGCUCUCUUACAAGUCUUACCUGUUUUUGUCUAUUUUUUCUCUUCCUGGAUGCUGAUAAAAAGGUUUAAGUUACUGUUUUAAAUGGGGGUUUUACAUUCUCACUCAGGUAUGCUGUGCCAGCCUACAGGUUGUGAAUGUGUUUUUAUUCUGAAUUAUUUUAGAAAACAAAAACAAAACAAAAAAUAACCGUAAAUUUCCUGUCACAAAACAGAACAAGUCCUCAAGUUUGUGCAUCUGUGUGUCUUAACUCAUCUUUUUUAAACAAGGUCUCUAAAUUCCAUUUUUUUCCAAGCUGAUUUCUGAUGUGCCAAACUUUCAUAACUUUUGAAUCUUAACAUUUAAAAAGUCUUAAGGGAGACACUGUAAAGUCUUAGACAAUCUUUUGGCAUCUUAAAACUAUAUAUCUUAAAAAAAUCCUAAUUUUUCCAGAAAAUGGUGAAGUACUCAGGAAUCUGGAGAUAGGUUGUUCUUAAAAUAGUGAACAUGAUUGCCACAAUGCACUUGUCCAGUUGCUUCUGCCUCUUGAUGUACCAUCAGUAUAAAAUACUAAGUAAGCACAAAUGAGCGAUCACCAGCUACAGACAGGCCUGUCUUAAGAAUGUAAGGCCACCUUCAAAUCUGUUCUGUAUCUCUUUUCUUUUAACCCUUACAUUCAGUCCUAAGUACAUUUUCUCUUAAACAAUCUAUUCAUUCCAGAAUGUCAGGGGUCCACAUACAUACUACACACACACACACACACACACACACACACUCACUCAAAAGUGCUGCUAUGGUGGCAUUUUAUUUUCAGUUUACUAUUGACUUGUCUAUAAAGAGUAAUUUCACUAAAAGCCAGUGGGUAUCUAGAAAAUAGAAAGGCACUCCAAUAUUGGAAAAGGAUUAUAUACAUAUAUAGGAAAUUAUAUUUAUCUGUGUCAAAAACACUUGGGGAAAUUCUAAGAUACACAGGAAAAAGGACACGGACACUUAUAUCUGUCUUUUAUGUCCACUUUAAUACUUAAGCCAGGACUCAAAUGGUAAUCCAGCUUGCUUCAUAAAACCAAGGCUACUUUGGAUUUAAAUUUUACAAGCUGCAUGAUCCUGAGUCAGGCUGUUAGCCCACCUGGCCUGGUCCUGUCGUCAUAAGCAGACAGUGGCUCUUAUGGUACAGGCAGGGUACCCAGCAGGAUUUAUUGCUAGCCCUGCCUGAAGAUGCAAGGCAUUGAACCUGGGACCUUCAGCAUGCAAACCACUGAGCCACGGCACUUGCCAAAGUUUCUUUAGCUAUAACCUGCCUGUACAGCAAAAGAAUUGCAAAACAGAGGGAAAGUUCUUUCUGUUACAUGACUAACAUGUAAAGUUAGUCAUGGUGGCUUCAAAGGAAAAAUCUAUCUGGGCUACCAUAGGCUUCUGAGUUUGUUUGGAAUAGUUUUAAAACAAUGGCUCCUAACUCCAGGUCCCCAGAGGUUUGUUGGGCUACAGUUCCUAUCACACCUAACCAGCAUGGUUAGAGACAAUGGUGCAACAACUUUUGGGCAUCCUAGAUUAGGACUUCCUGCUCUAAAGUAUGUUGAGGUUUAGUAAUAUCGGUACAGAUUUUUUGACUGCUGUAUAGUGUACAGAUGACAGCAGUAGUUAGAAAUUACACCAAGUCUUUCUCAUGGGUUUUUGGAGCUGUAAAAUUUUAGGAUUCCACAUACUGCCAUUCCCAUAGUCAACCUGAAGGACACAUUUUUUGUUGUCAGUAUAUGAUCAUAUCUAUGUUUUUUUAAAGCCACACCAAACUGAAGUAUUUCAUAUAAAUUGCAUCAAAUGUUAAUUUCAGAGAAAUAAAAUGGCCCCAUUAUUUGUCCUUAAAUGACAUGUUUUCACUGUACUCUUUUAGGUUUCAGUUGCACAAAGAUGUGCUUAGCAUAGAGGAAUAUUUGCUAAAGCUUUACAUUAUUUGCCCUAUAAAAGGAAAAAUAAAACAAAACAGGUAUACAGCAUAAUAUUCGAAGCAUAAUAUGAAAUUAAAUUUGUAAAGUGCUUUAGGGCUUUUAGAUCAAAGUUGCUGCAAAAUUUUAAACCCUCAUAUAUUUCAUUGCUAAUAUACAAUUACGUUGCAUGUAAAACUAACUUCUAAGGAGUUUGGAGCAGGGGAGGGGUAAAAUAGAACAUUCCCAAGUUAAUAAUCUAGCUCCUAAUAUAAAAAUCAAAUGUUCUAAUCAAGGUUUGGUAGCUGUUUGUCUCAGAAAUUUGAAUUUGAUCCAUUUUAUGCAGCAUGAAAAUCUAAUUCAAAGCUAGUGUCAAGGUUUGAGGUGUAGUAAUAUUGGUACAGUCUAAAGAAAAUGCAUAAGUAUUUGUUUAGGAUUUGGGACACUACUAUUAAUAAACUGUGGUUUGGGUUAUUUUAAAGUGCUUCGUUCAAGGAAGAGAAUGCUGGAAAAACCUUUGUUUUCUUUAUUCAAUCUUGAUUAUCAAGAAUCAGAAUGGAUAUACCCCAGCCAGGUGGCAAUUUCAUAGGUGUAAAAUGUCUGUGUCUUCUCAAUUAAGACCAGUUUCACAAUUGCUAAAUAUAGUGGGAGCCAUUUUACAUUUCUGUGGUGGCUACUCCAGGCAUUGAUUGAACUAGCUGUAUGUAGUUUUCUCCACAUCAGUAAAGACUGUCAAUAUUAAAAUUUUAACUUGGCAGAGACAAACCUAUCCAACACUGAUCCAGAGCAGCUUCCAUUGCAAAUACAAUGUCAAAUAGCUGAUGCUUACUGUGUGAAUUUGCAUUAUGCUAAGGGCUCUACUUUAUAUAACGACCCCAUUCCUAAGGCAGAAAUUGUAUACUCAUCUCUCACUGGAAAAAAAAUUUAAAGUCCAAAUAAGUCCAAUUCCUAUAUAAAUCGUGGGUUGAAGCCCACUUCCUUGUACACGCAUAGAAUUUCCACUCCUGACAACAGCAGAUGGCUCUCCUUCCACUUUGACAGCCACCAAUGUGGGAUUCUGGCUUGUCUACAAGACAUUUUAUCUCUAGAUUAUAACACAAAUCACACACACACCCCUUGACUUCAGCAGCAUUUAGACUGUGCUCCUAAUUAGUAAAAUAGGCACAAUGUCAAUGCAGAAUGUUGUUAUGUUGUUAUCAUACGACCUUACAGAAAAAUGCCCUGACAGUUUACAGCAACAAUUGCUGGAAGCAGAGAAAGAUUUUGCAAUGUUAAAAUAGACAAUUCAACCAACACAAGUAAAUGGGGACUGUUGAGUUUACAAGAGAAAAUAUUAUUCUGACAUAUCAACACUCUCAUCAAGCUGUGGCAGCCAUUUGCUAAUCCGGAAUAAAAUGAAUAUUAUUUGAAUACUGUUCUCUUGUCUACAGCUAAAGCAAUAAAACUGGUCUAGCCAAGAUGUUAUAGGCACUUGUUGUCAUUAGCUGGUGAGCGCCCUCUUUAUCUAAUUAAGGUACUGAAAGAAAAUUCUUUCUUAAGAUUGCUUAGGAAUUUGAACUGAUCUAAUACAUGUAGCUUGGAGGGGAGGUACCCAUUCUUUCCUAAAUAAUAACUAUUUAUUAACUUCCUACAAGUUUUUCCUGUUAUAAAUCUCUCUCCAUCCUACAACUCAUUUCUCUUCUCUCUGUUUUUUCAUAGUUUUUUGUUGCAUAGGUAGAAUGCUGUAUUGCUAGCAUUGUAUUUUAUGUAAUUAUUUUUGCACAAAGGCAAACAUUUAGCUUAGUGGGUUACUUUCUUUUUAUAAAUUUUAUGACCAUGCCAAAAUAAUAUUCUGCAGGCUGGCGGAGAACAAAGGACUGUUCUUUAGGACUGAAACUUGAUUUUGCUCAUAGUACAAAAACACACACUCACAGAUGUUUCGUAAGUGUUAUAAGCACUGGAUAUAAAUGGUAUUUUUUAUCACUUCUAACUAAUGUGAAACUGUUGUACAAAAACGACAUGAACAAAAGUCAUCUGUUUCGACUCGUGUGGGCCUGCCUCACAGUUGCCGGAUUUGAGUCAUUUUUAUGUCUUGUUAUUUCAUUUAUUUAUGCAAGAUUCGUAUAUAUAUUAAUACUUUGUUUUAGCUCCAGCCCUGCAUCUCUGUUGAUGCUCUGUAAGUUAAAGCUGCAUUCUUGACACUGAUUGGCUCUUCAUGAAUCAGUAGAUGGUAGAAUGCUACUUUAUUGGUCAGGUUGGGUAAAAAUGUAUUUGAAUCUGAAAAGUUCAGAAGCAGUUUAUUGUAUUUAUUAGCCGAUACUGGCUCUAAAGUGUCAGUAGAAAUCAAGGAAGGACAAUCGUUUGGAAGCAAGAACCAUUUAUUUUUUGCAUUCUUAAUUGGAGCUCAAAACAAGGUUUUUGAUUAGUCACCAUCUCAUUUUAGAUUUUUUAAAAAAUGUGUAAAUAUAACAUAGGAAAUAGAAUUUAUUUUUUGUUCAUGGAUACUUAGUGAAGUAUAAGUUAUGUAUUUACUUUUGUUCUGUAUCAGUGUACAUUGGUCCAUAUUAAAUGCUGACAAAUCACUGUACCUCAUGUAGAUGCUGAAUUUACACCUGCAGUGUGAGAGCAAUAUUGUGAACCUGUAGCAAGGAUAGCAACAUGCCUCACUUACGCUCUCCUUCAUAUCUGAAUCUCACAUUUCAUAAACACAAUAUUUCAAAAUAGCACACCUGAUUAUAAAAUAACAAUCCUCAUCCUCUUUAUUCUCUGAUGGUGGUGUCAUAGUUAUUUGGGCUGAAACCUUAGUCAGAGAGAUGAAACCUGACAGUCUGAUCUUAAUAAGUACUGCAUCAGCAUGUAAGUGCAUAGGAUGUGGUGUGCCACCAAGGGUGGUGUGCCCUUGGGUAGACUGACUCUCAUGUAGGGAAAGGUGAUCAGAUUGAACUUGAAACAAAUUCACACAUUUAAGUCCCACUGAUUUCAAUAAAACUAACUUUUUCUUGAUCAGAGCCAUUGCUGUUGCAGACGGAUACAACAGCUAAUUCUCUGACACUUGCUGAAGUAGUUCCAGCUAAUUCCUUGGAGGCAAAUUAAAUAGGGAAUCAAUCCAUGAAUUAUUCCUACCUUUGAAGUAUAUCCCCAAAUAACUUCCUCUCUUUCUCUGAAUUAGGAUUGCUUUAAAAAGCAACUGCUUUAAAAGUGAGGUGCACAACUGCCAGAUUUCUAGUUAAGUUUUUAAUCAAUUUACUUCAUAAUCUGCAGUAUGCUUCUGAACAGAACAGAUGAAAGUUCUUAGUUCUUGUUUAAAAGGAACCAAUGUGAAUAUCAUAAUGUGUCAGUAUGAAUGACAAGUAAGUACAUUAAUAAAUUAGGAUGCUCUAGGAGGUUGUCAUUAACCAGGCUUUUGUAAUGAUACCAGCUAUUAAAAGUAACAUUGAACUGGCUAGAUCUGUGUCUGGAAUGGAACAGUAUUGCUAGUUCCAGAGAGAGAGAGAGAGAGAGAGAGAGAGAGAGAGAGAGAGAGAGAGAAGUGAAACUAAUAGUAAAUUAAGGUGGCUUAUAUAAUUGUGCACUAGAAUAGGCAGUGGCACCUGUUAUAAUUUCCAUGUGCCCCCAAAUAAUGCUGAUUUAAAGAUUAAUGCUGUGCAUAUAUGUAGUAACAGACUCUGGACUUUGAACAAUAGUUUUAUUUUAAAAAAAUAUCCCAUUUCCAUAGCAAAAUCUAGUAAAGUCUUUAAUUUCAAGAGAAUAUUUCUGAAGUGCUUUGUUACCAGUUAGGAAUAAAAAUCCAGUAAAACAUUCACAACAACAAAAUAAUUUGUUUUAUUUGAUACUUUACAAAUGCAACAUAAAGUCUUAAUGAAAGUUGAACACAAUUUCACAGGGUUUACAUCUAUAAAGGGAAGAAGUAGCCCAUCUCUAAGAAGAUAAAUAGUAGCCUCAAACUCUGCUAGUCUCCUCAGUAAAAUGGGCAUGGAGAGUGCGGGCAGAAGUCUUUCCCUUCCUCUGCUAACUGCCAGCUUUAAAGGCAGAAAUGCUAGUCUUUGAAGCUGGGAGUGCAUGCAGCACUUCUGCUUUGCCACUGAGCUGCAGCCCCCUCCAACACUUCCCUAAAUGUAUGCUGGUACCCCAACAUGUAGUUUGGGGAAAGCUGUAGGAUCACCAGCUGAUCCCAAAUUAGUGCGCUCACAGCCAUCAAGAGGCAGUGUAAGAGAAAGAUAGGAUUACAUUGAAACAAUUCCAAUACUAUAUGGUGUUCAUUGGGCGUGUGUGUGUGCGUGUGCGUGUUAUUUAAACUAAUUACAAAACCCUGUGAAAAAGUAUAGCAGUAACUUGAAAACAAUGAUUGCUAAUGAUUGUGUAAAUGAAACAAUGAUUGUGUAUAUGCAAGUAUCCCCUAAUACAAAGUUCAAGUAUGAUAUCAUACUGUAUGUACCAUUGCUUUUUGUCUUAACUUUUCUUUCUACUUUACUGCAAAUAUUGUCCCAGUAAAAAAUACCACAAUGCUUCAGUCCAGGAAAGCACUUAGCUGAAUCCUCAAACUGCACAUUCUGGAAUAGUCCAAAUGGUGGCCUGUGGUACUCGUCCGGAGUGUGUGGUCUGAAGAUCACAGCCUCAAGCACCCGUUUAACUUUGAGCAACCGAGCCAUUCAAUUGAAGUCCAAACCAUUUAGGAAUAUGUUUAAAGUUGAGCAGAAUUUUAUAUGUAUAUCUGGAUGGGAUUGUCAGUGCCAACAACUGCUCUAGAAAUGCAGCUGGUAGAAUGUAUAAUAGAGUAUUUCAUACGUUCAGUUUAAAAAAAAAUAGUCUCAGAUCCUAGAUGUUUGCAUGUGUGUUUAAUGACUGAAGUUGGCACUUAAGCAUGCCCUGUUUAAAGACUAACAUGUGACCUCAUUUGAUUUAUUAUUUUUAUAAAGGCACUUGUUCUUUUACUCAAACUCAAUUUACUUUCCUCUCUGUCUCCACUCCUCCAGCAUUGCUUUUUUCCUUUUACCAACCAUUGUUCUCUGCAGUUUUUCCUCAGAUAAUGUUUGAUAUACUGUAAUACUGUGAUCCCAUACUAGAAUGCAAAAAUAAUUUUCAGAAGGGUUUUUUUUUUGAAGAGCCAGAUUUGUAUCAUUGGAUUCCAUAUUCCCCCCUUAAACAACAAAAAGUCCAAGAUUAAUUUUUAAAAUCUGUUUAAAAAGUAUUAUGAGAGAGUUCACUUAAUGUGUACAAAGAGGAGGGGUGGGCCUGGGGUGUAUAUGUGUGAAAGGAAAAUGUAUCCAAUUGGUAUUUAUGGCAAUAUGAAAGCUAUAAAGCAGCUUAGUGACACAGUUUGCUUUAUAAUUUCUGCUUUCUUCAAAAACCACAAGUGAGGUCCUUGGUGCUCUCAAAAGUUUGGGGAAUGUGCAAAUAUUUAACUGUUUGUAUGCUGCACAUUGCAGACCUGCUAAUGUGCAUUCUCCGUUCGUCUUCCUUUGUCAUUUGUGUUUUGCUUUCUCAAAAGCACAGGGUUUUUUUUCCCUUGUACCCUUCAUCAGCCUGUAGCAAAUGAUAGAAUGUUUUUAGUUUUUCUGUUCAUUAUUGUAUUUGCCAUGUACAAAUGUUUUUUUUAAUUAUUAUUACAUCAAGACAAGCUUAUAAGCUGUUACUUACUGUAACUCUUUUCUUUCCUGACAUUGUAAUUUGUUUGUGAUGUAUAUUGUGAGAUUGUAUUCUAUGUUAAUUUAAUCAGCACAAUUCACUGACAUGCUGGACUGACAUGCUCGCUGCUGUUUCAAAGUGUAAAGUUUUUGUGUAGAGCUGUUGGGGGACAAUUGAGAGGCCCCCCUCAAGGUACUAUGCUUUGGUUCCUAUGGCAACAGGGUGGGUGUGGCUCGGAUGACGCCGGGGCUGCUGUUUCGACACCCACAAGUCAAUUUUUUAACUGGCUGGUUUUCUUUGUAGAAAUUCUAUAUACAGUGCAGGUACCUACCUGGGCCCAGGGCUGGUAAUUAUUUGGGCAUAUAGAGGAAAAAAAAACCCUAGUGUCUAUUGCUGCUUUGAAUAUGUUUUAAAGUCUGAAAAUGUAAAUAGUUUAUCAAAAAAAAUCUUGUACAGUCCAGUGUAAAGUUUUUAAAUGAACUUAAAAGGUUGCCAUCACAUCUCUCUCACACUCUCCUCUUGAAGCAGUUUGAAAAGAAAAGAAAAAAGUUUGCUAAGGAUGUUGAUUUUUUUUAAAGAAAAAGUAUCUGUGCUCUUAAUUUAAGGGGAAAAAAGAAUCAUUCUUAGCUUUGCUUCAUAGCAUAAACAGACUUCUUGAAUUUUGUUGUGCAGUAUUGACGUGAGGUAAAUUAAAUAUUAAAUAAUUUUUCAGUGGUACUUUUAAGAGUCUUCUCCUCUCCUCUGCCUCAAAAAUUAAUGGAAAAGACAAAACUGAAAGACACUGUCAUGAUAACGUAUAUUCUGGUGUAUGUUGGCACCUUACCUACGUAUUUGAGGGGAUUUUUUCCUUUUCCUUUUCUUUUUUUUCCCUUUUCCUCUUUUUUUUUGGUUGCACAAGGUGCUUUCCUGAUAUGUUAAACAUGUCAUCAUUGGGUGAUACCAUUUAUGCCAUGAUAAGGGGUUCUGACCCCUCAGGGGAGUGUCUAUAAGACUGCCUAUUUAUGCUCAUUUACCUCAAGACUGUCCUCUCUACCCUUAAUCUAUUCACCAUCACUCCAUCUUUUGUACUGCUGUUGACACUUACAGAUUAAAGAUAAAUUUUGUUUUA